GGGGGCGGGGGCUCCGAGGCCUAGGCGCCCGUGGCCGUGGGCGGUCGUCCGUGAGGCCUGGUCCGGGCCAUGUCCGCGUGAGGACGCUGCCGCCCUCGCAGUCCCGGCCCGGCCCGCCGCGCACCAUGGGCUCCAUCCUGAGCCGCCGCAUCGCGGGCGUGGAGGACAUCGACAUCCAGGCGAACUCGGCCUAUCGCUACCCCCCGAAGUCCGGAAACUACUUUGCCUCGCACUUUUUCAUGGGAGGUGAGAAGUUCGACACCCCCCACCCCGAAGGUUACCUGUUCGGAGAGAACAUGGAUCUGAACUUCCUGGGCAACCGCCCGGUCCAGUUUCCGUAUGUCACCCCCGCCCCCCACGAGCCAGUGAAGACGCUGAGGAGCCUGGUGAACAUCCGGAAAGACUCGCUGCGGCUCGUGAGGUACAAAGAUGGUGCCGACAGCCCCACUGAGGAUGGCGAGAAGCCCCGCGUCCUCUACAGCCUGGAGUUCACCUUUGAUGCUGACGCCCGGGUGGCCAUCACCAUCUACUGUCAGGCGGUGGAGGAGUUCCUGAACGGGACAGCUACGUACAGCCCCAAGAGCCCUGCGCUGCAGUCCGAGACCGUUCACUACAAGAGAGGGGUGAGCCAGCAGUUCUCCUUGCCCUCCUUCAAGAUUGACUUCUCGGAGUGGAAGGACGAUGAGCUGAACUUUGACCUGGACCGAGGCGUGUUUCCAGUGGUCAUCCAGGCUGUGGUGGACGAAGGAGACGUUGUGGAAGUGGCCGGCCACGCUCACGUGCUCUUGGCCGCCUUUGAAAAGCAUGUCGAUGGCAGCUUCUCCGUGAAGCCUCUAAAGCAGAAGCAAAUUGUGGACCGGGUCAGCUACCUGCUGCAGGAGAUCUAUGGCAUCGAGAACAAGAACAACCAGGAGACGAAGCCGUCAGACGAGGAGAACAGCGACAACAGCAACGAGUGCGUGGUGUGCCUGUCGGACCUCCGGGACACGCUGAUCCUGCCCUGCCGCCACCUGUGCCUGUGCAACUCCUGUGCCGACACGCUGCGCUACCAGGCCAGCAACUGCCCCAUCUGCCGGCUGCCCUUCCGGGCCCUUCUGCAGAUCCGGGCGGUGAGGAAGAAGCCUGGAGCCCUGUCCCCUGUCUCCUUCAGCCCUGUUCUGGCCCAGAGCAUGGACCACGACGAGCAUUCUUGUCCCUUUAAAAAAUCAAAGUCGCACCCCGCCUCCCUGGCCAGCAAGAAACCUAAAAGGGAAACAAGCUCUGACAGCAUCCCGCCUGGCUACGAGCCCAUCUCCCUGCUCGAGGCGCUCAACGGCCUUCGGGCCACCUCCCCCGCCAUUCCUUCGGCGCCCCUUUAUGAAGAGAUCACCUACUCGGGUGUCUCAGAUGGCCUGUCUCAGGCCAGUUGUCCACUUGCUGGGAUUGAUCGGAUCAUGGACAGCAGCCACCAGAAGGGCAAGCCACGGAGCAAAUCCCCCGACAGCACCCUGCGGUCCCCGUCGUCCCCCAUCCAUGAAGAGGAUGAGGAGAAGCUCUCCCAGGCCUCGGAUGCUCCUCCUCCGCCCAGUGGGACAGGGCUGGCCCUAAGCAGCUCCCCGGAGAGCUUCCUGACGGAGGAGGUGGAUGAGAUGUCACUAAAGCAAGGUGAGCCCUCCGUCCUGAGGGGCGGGGUCUCCAGCCCGGCCCUUUUAGCGGUUUCUCAGAGCGCUGCUGGCUGCUCUCCUGGGAAUCACGCACAGUGGUCACUGCACAAUUUCCCAGAGGAUGAUCCUCAGCCGCUGCCGCUUCUCCCUGCCUCCCCAUCUGGCAUCGGGAGCCGAGUGCCAUCCAUCGAGAACGUCCUGCAGGAUGGCAGCCCCGAGCCCUGUGGCCGCGGCCAGCCCGGCCCACCUGCUGACAUCUACCUGCCAGCCCUGGGGCCCGACUCCUGCUCUGUUGGGAUAGAGGAGUAAGCUGGAUGGUCCACCUCCAUGGAGAUGCCUUGCGGCCUCCGCACUGCCAGCCCUCCCUGGCCUCCGCUUGGUGGCCUCAGUCCUGAGCCCGGGACCACUGAGCUGACCCCACUCUGAGAGCCUGGCGAAGCUGGCAGCAUGGAGCCCUCAGCUCCCCAGUCUGCUGAGGGGCUGCCUGGACUCCAGCGUGACCCCGGCCUCUCUUGUCUGCACGCCCUGCGUCACCGCUGGCUCCAAGGGGCCAGGUGACCCCUGAUUGAAGAGCACAGUGACUGUUCCCUCUGACAAGCCCCUUUCUCUCCGGUCGAAGUAUUUGUACAUGGUACACGGUGAAGGACAGCAGCUUCCCGUCCCUGGCGCCAAGGUCCAGGUUUCCCUCAAAUGCCCUGCGGCCAAGUGGCUGGGUGCGCUGACCGCCUGCAUGCCGCCUGGAUUGGCUCACCCUGUCCCCCCGCCAGGGCUGACACCCCAAGGUCUCAGCAGUCUGCUUAAGAGAAUUCAGUGAAGUGCCGUCUUCACAGAGAUGCUGUGGGGGCUUGUUGGGGGGAGGUAAGGACGUAGGCUCCGAGUCACGGACAGUGAAGGAAGCAGUGCCUGUCCUGCCCCCAUGUGCAUGGAGUCCACGACAGCCUGGCACUCGCUGCUCUGCGCCCUCUGGGCAGCCUGGUGUCCGGCCCCGGCUGGAGGUGCAGCCGCAUGGCCUUUGCUGCGUUGGUGUCCCAUUUCCCCUCUUCAAGCCUGCACCCUCUCGGAAGCGGCUUUGCUCAUGUCGCCAGAUCCCUCCAGGUGGAGGGGCUUCCCCUUGACCAGCCGUCCACCUACCCCAGGAAGGACCCGAGUGGCUUCCCUGCUCCCUCGUUGCCAUUUAAACUUCACUUUGCAUUUCUUUUGCUUUGCUUUGUCUGGGGCUCUCUGGUGGGGCCUGCCUGGGGGAGGAGGGUCCCAUCUGAGGUGACCUCUUCUUUUUUUAAGAUAAGCCUUCUGGGCAAUAGAAAGGCAGAGGGGUUGCCCAGCCCUGGCGCACUGGGCGGGAGCUGCCCCAGCAGGGACCUGGAGCCCGCUGGGUGGGCUGUGCUGCUCCCUGGGGCGCAAACACUUUCCUGGCCUGGGGCACAGGGCAGAGGGGCUGCCUCUGAGGUGCUGCCCUGGGCAGGAUGGCACUGGCGCAGCGUCCUCAGUCCUCAGAAGGGGUGCACAGCCUGAGGCUUCGUCCAGGGCACUGGGAGUGGACAGUGGCUCCGGGGGAGCCUGUGAGCAGAGCACUCCGGCCUGCCCCGGCCACCUGGCUCCCUGCCCCACACCACCCCCAGCCACCGCAUGCUCAUGGGUGCACACACGCCAAUGGGCAUGCAUAGACAUGCGUGCACACACGCAGGCGGCUGGCCCUGUCCCCACACCUCUCCCCUCCCCUGCCCACAGCCCGGCCUCGAGGUCCUCUUGAGGCCAACACCGAAGGACGGGAUGCCGACUGCCCUGUCUUGGACUUACAUGUGCUAUCAUUUGUCGUACUCUGAUUGGCUAGUUUUUGUUCGUUUUUACUGUAUAUUUAUAGUAAUAAAAUCAUGUGGCAAUA